AUGGAAAAGCUAAUCGAGGCACUACUGAAGCUAAUCGAGAAGCCAAUCUCGCCAUGGACCACCAAGGUGGCCCUGGAGACGACAUUCUACCUGGUCUCGACCCACGAGAGGAUUGCAGCUAGGGUUUCAGAAUCGAGGAUCGUUCCCCUACUACUCGAGACCCUAGUCAACGCCGAUAGGAGCACCACCGAGAAAGCUCUAGGGGUGCUGGAUGGCGCUCUGGGCUAUGGCCGCGACAGGGAGGCGGCGUGCAGCCACCCCCUAGCGGUGCCGGUGCUGGUGAAGAACAUGCUGUGGGUGUCGGAGACGGCGACACAAUUCGCCGUGUCGGCGCUGUGGAAGCUCUGCAAGAGCGAGAGGCAAGGUGAGCGCGCCGCGAAGGCCACCAAAGUCGGAUCCUUCCAGAAGCUUCUCAUUUUGCUCCAAGUUGGGUGCUCUACGUCGACAAAGGAGAAAGUGAGCAAGCUGCUCAGGCUGCCGAACACACAGGGGAAGCUUAGAGGGCAGAAGUCCUGA